AUGGGUAUUAUCACCUAUCUUGUGUGGGCGGUCGCCGUCAUAGCUUGUGCGGCACUGCUGCGCAGGAACAGGCGAAAUCUAUCUCUACCUCCUUGUCCUCCUGCCGAUCCAUUAAUCGGCCACCUGCGCCAAUGCACGUUCGCUCCUCAAUGUGAGCUCUUCCAGAAAUGGGCUACGGAGUACGGUGAGAGUCAACCGCACCGUAUCGCAAUUGCAGUGUUGCUGAAACCAGUUGCUGCCAUCGCAGGAGAUGUCUUCCAUUUAAAUAUCUUAGGGAAGAUAUUUGUGGUCGUGAACUCUCUACAAGUCGCAACUGACCUCCUCGAGAAACGGAGCGCGAACUACAGUGACAGGCCUGUUUGUACUGCCCUGGAGAUGAUGGGCUGGAAGGCGCACGUCGCCUUCAUGCAGUAUGGCUCACGGUGGAGGAAGCACAGAAAGUUCUUCCAAGAGUACUUUGGCCAGAGUCAAAGCCUGACAUACCGCGCCCAUCAGACUGAGGAAGCGCGUACACUCCUGAAAGAUUUGCUCACUUCGCCCACUGAGUUCGAGGCAUGCACUCGGAGAUAUGCUCUUCUGAGCAUCAUAGGCAUCGCAUACGGGCAUCAGGUAAAGUCCGAUGACGACAUCUACAUCAAACUAGCAGAAGGCGCCAUCCACGGCGUCGAAGAAGCCGCUGCAGGGACUACACUCCUCGACCUGUUACCAUUCCUGAAAUACAUUCCUUACUGGCUGCCCGGAUGUGCGUCAUUUACUGCGGCGGUACGGCGGUCGGGACCUGCUACCAAGGCUUUAUGCGAAUACCCGCUCAACGACAUGCGGGAGAAAAUGGAAGCGGGGACCGCGCAGAACUCGUUCUUCACGUCUCACUUGGAGCGCCUCAAUACGGACGGUGCCGACGAAGAAGACCUCGAGGACAUCAAGGGUGCCGCUGCGGCCAUAGUUGUAGGCAAGUCCAAGUCAUCUCAGCUAUCAACCUCGAUCUGA